UCUGGAAAGUUUAACUAAUUUUUCACUACUUUCUACUAAAAAUGGAGUUUAAUCAAUACGCUGACGCAGCUCUCACCUCCUUUUUGGAGACCACAAAGUUUCUGAAGGAAAUUAGCGAUGCCAUAUCAGACGUGGGUGACGACGAGGUCCGUAAAUUAUUGGAGGAAGGCGCUAACGCUCGCUUAGAGCAUGCCGAGAAAAUCAUUGAGGUAAAGACCAAGCACAAAAAACUCGUGCAGGCGAUGCAAGAGGUCAAGGGUGAAAGCGCCACCGUCGAGGAUUUCGAGCGUACUUGGGUCCAGCGCCGAAAUGCAGUGGAACGCAAGCCCGUCGAUGCGAAAAACGCAGCCGAGUAUAAGAGCUUCAAGCGAUCCAUUGUGUCCUUAUUCUCAAAGAUAGGACCAAAAGCUAACGAUUCCGAUGACGACGUAGUCCCAAUGGAGGUGCCAGGUAUCAAUGUCUUCUCACGGUACGAUCCCUGGACAAAGGCGCUAAUCAGGAACCCCGUUCGCAACAAGGUGUGCGGCCAUAUUUACGACCGCGAAUAUGUGAACGGACUCAUCAAGGACAACAUGGGGAUUCGCUGCCCAGUGGCUGGUUGUGCCAACAGGGUCUACAUCCAACCGGCCCACUUGGUCGAGGAUGAAGCAGCCAGGCAGAAGAUUCUUUUGCAGGUGAUGCAGGAUGCACAGUCGGAUUCAGACGAGGAAUCUUCUGAGGAGGAGGAAACAAAAGUGGAGAAGGAAGUAGAAACCAAGGAGGAAGUCAAACCCUGAAGCCAGACCACUUU